AUGUUGAUCACACUCAGAAAUAUCGCAGUUUUACGCAAUCUUUCACGACUCCAUACAUUUAAAAACACUAUUUUUCUGCGGUCCAAAAUGACCGAGCAAACUAGAAAGAUGGUAUUUAAAUAUCCGGAAGCCAGACGCGAAAAACUAGUGGAAGAUUAUCAUGGAGUGCAGAUUCUAGAGCCCUAUAGAUGGCUGGAAGAUCCAGAUUCAGAAGAGACUAAGCAAUUUGUCAAUGCCCAGAAUGAGAUAACAGAGCCAUUCAUUAAUAAGUAUGAAUUCAAGGAGAAUAUCCAGAAGCAGUUGACUAAACUCUGGGAUUAUCCAAAGUGUUCAGCUCCAUAUAGAGAAGGAGAUUAUUACUAUCAAUACAAAAAUACUGGCCUUCAAAAUCAGAGUAUUAUGUAUCAAUGGAAUGCUGAUAAUCCAGAACCCAAAGUCUUCUUAGAUCCAAAUUUGUUGUCUGAUGAUGGCACAAUUGCACUGACAGCAGCUAAGUUUUCAAAUAAUGGCAAAGUUUUUGCUUAUGGGUUGAGUGCUAGUGGCUCGGAUUGGACCGAGAUCAAAUUUCGUAGUGUGGAUACAGGCAAAGAUUAUAAAGAGACUUUGAAAAAAGUCAAGUAUAGCACAUUCUCAUGGAUGCAUGAUAAUGUGGGUUUCUUCUAUGGAGCUUACCUUGAUAAAGAUGAGAAAGCUGAUGGUUCUGAGACUAAUGUGCAUGAAUUUCAAAGAUUGUACUAUCACAAGUUGGGUACAGACCAAUCAGAAGAUGUUAUGGUUGUUGAAUUUGAUGAUCCUGAACUUAGAAUCAAUUCAUGUGUGAGUUACUGCGGAAAUUACCUGGUGAUUACUGCCAUUAAAGGAUGCAAUAAUAAUUUAGUAUAUUUGGCAAAGUUGGAUGGCAAUAUUACUGAAAAAUUCAAUCUUAUUCCAGUUGUCACUGAAUUGGAAGCUGAUUAUGAAUAUAUUACAAAUAACGGUUCUAAAUUUUUCUUCCACACCAACAAAGAUGCGCCGAAUAAUCGUGUGGUUGUUAUCGACUUCGAGCAACCAAGUAAAGAAAACUGGCAGACAUUAAUUUCUGAAGAUCCCAAUGAUGUUCUGGUCUGGGCUAAACCAAUCAAUAAUGAUAAACUUGCCAUCUGUUAUCUUCGCGAUGUUAAACAUGCAUUAUCCCUGCAUAAAUUGGAAGACGGUAUGAAAAUCAUGGAUUUUAAUGUCGGUUUGGGAACGAUCAGCGAAUUCUCGGGAAUGCGUGAUCACAACGAGAUGUUCUUCACUUUUAUGUCUUUCCUUACCCCAAACGAUAUUUAUAAAGUAGAAUUUACAAAUGGUGGUGAAAGUCAAGCAGAGCGUUUUUACGAAACCAAUGUUGGCGAUCUAGAUCCCAGUCAAUAUGUGACCAAACAAGAGUUCUAUACCAGUAAAGAUGGCAGCAAAGUUCCGAUAUUCAUCGUACACAAGAAGGAUUUCGUCAUGGACGGGUCGCGACCAUGUCUAUUGUACGGUUAUGGCGGAUUUGGUAUCAAGAUGACACCUUGGUUUUGCGAUACAAGUCUGCUUUUCGCUAAUCAUUUCGAUGGAUGCUAUGCUGUUGCAAAUAUUCGAGGCGGCGGGGAAUACGGUGAAAAAUGGCACGAUGGUGGACGCUUUGCAAACAAACAGAAUUGUUUUGAUGAUUUCCAGGCAGCGGCAAAGUAUCUCGUUGAUACAAAGUACACAAAAACCGAUAAACUAGGGAUUUGGGGUGCAUCUAAUGGCGGUUUAUUAAUUGGUGCUUGCAUUAAUCAAGCACCACAUUUGUACUCUGCAGCUAUCUGUGAAGUUGGUGUACUAGAUCUACUACGUUUCCACAAGUUUACAAUCGGCCACUCUUGGAAAUCGGAGUAUGGAUCAUCGGAAACAAAGGAUGGGUUUGAAUAUUUGUACAAAUAUUCACCAUUGCAUAACAUCCGUGUGCCUGAAGGCGACACACAAUAUCCUGCUACGUUGAUGCUUACUGCAGACCAUGACGAUCGAGUCGUACCAUUGCAUACGUUGAAAUUUAUCGCUGAAUUACAGCACACAGUGGGGAAAAGUCCGAAACAAACGAAUCCAUUAUUGGCGUGCGUAGAAACAAAUACUGGGCAUGGAAGUGGAAAACCUACAAAUAAAAUGAUUGAAGAACUUACCAAUAUUCUUAGUUUUAUUGCUCUGACGUUGAACUUGCAAUAUCGAAAGUAAAGUAAGUGAUGAUGCAAUGGCGUCUGACUGGAAGUACAUGGAGAAAAAGUAGAUUGUUCUAGAGGGGGCUGGUAUACAUAUUUUACUUUCGGUACAUUCGGGGGAUGUUAACGUACUUAAAAACACUUAUUAUUAUAAACAAUUUGGUUGAAUUAUGUAACAUUAUAAAUACACAAUUAUCUUAUCAUACAUAAAAACAUAAAUACUU